AUGAUGCUGAGCCCGGAGCAGGCGGCCGACUCGGAGGAGCAGCCCUCGUCGGCGCCCUCGUCGGAGCCGGAGUCGCUGGAGGCGGCGUCGGGGCUGCUGCGCGGCGGCUGCUGCUCCUCGGAGGCCGAGGGCGCCGACGGGGAAGGCCGCCCGCCGCCGCCGCCCUCCUCGCAGUACCCGCCGCCGCCGCUGAGCCGCGAGGAGAAGCGGCGCCGCCGUCGCGCCACCGCCAAGUACCGCUCGGCCCACGCCACCCGCGAGCGCAUCCGCGUCGAGGCCUUCAACCUGGCCUUCGCCGAGCUGCGCAAGCUCCUGCCCACGCUGCCGCCCGACAAGAAGCUCUCCAAGAUCGAGAUCCUCCGCCUGGCCAUCUGCUACAUCUCCUAUCUCAACCACGUCCUCGACGUCUAGGCCCC